CUUCUCCACUCUUAAGCACCAUUCUCAACUUUAUAAUUUCCUUCGUGUAAACUGCAGGUCAGGUCAAAUUGAUGAUGCUAGAAGGCUAUUUGAUUCCAUGGCAAGUGUGGGGUGUAAGCCUAAUGUUUUUAGCUACAAUAUUUUGAUGGAGGGUUUAUGCUUGACAAAUAAAAUUGAUGAUGCCAAGGAACUUUUAGCCUCAAUGUUGAGUAUGGGAUGCACACUUGAUGUAGUUAGCUACAAUACUCUGAUCAAUGGGUAUUGCAAGAAUCGAAAAAUUGAUGAAGCCUUGAAUCUUUAUGAGGAAAUGACUUCAGAGGGAGUUAGGCCAGAUGUUGUUACUUAUAGUACCUUGCUAUCUGGGUUUUUUAUGAACGGUAAUAUCAGACAUGCAAAAAAGCUAUUUGGGAGACUCAAUAUUGCUUGGGAAAUGUUCAAUGGAUUUUGUAAGGAAGGAAAGUUAGAAAUGAAUAAUGAGACUUUAAAAGUGGUGGAACUUCUUCACAAAAUGAAAGAGAGAAAUGUGAAACCAGAUGCAUCCAUAGGUUCAAUAAUAUUAGAUUUACUGGGAAAGCAUGAAGAUUAUCGUGAAGUCCUGAAUUUGCUACCAUCCUUUUCAACCCAAGAACCAACAGGAUGUUGAUUGUUGAG